AUGAAUGCUAAGAUACAAGAGUUGUUGCAAAGAUUAGAAGAUUUUGUACAACUGAAAGGUGCUCUUGGUCUGAGAGAAGAUGUUGGGAGAAAGGUUUCACAAAGAACUCCAACAACUUCCUUGGUUCAUGAACCUUCCGUAUAUGGGAGAGAUAAAAACAAACAAAAUUUAUUACAAGUGUUAUUCGAUGAUGCAAGCGAGGAAAAUGUGUCUGUCAUCCCCAUUGUUGGAAUGGGUGGGAUUGGCAAGACAACCCUUGCUCGAAUGCUUUACAAUGACAAUAAGGUGAAAGAGCAUUUUACCCUUAAGGCUUGGGCUUGUGUUUCAGAAGAUUAUGAUGCUAUCAGGGUAACUAAAACUCUUCUCGAGUCAGUGACUUCAAAACCUUGUAAAAAGACAGAUCUGAAUUUGCUUCAAGUUGAGCUAAGUGAAGAACUGAGGGGGAAGAAAUUUUUGUUUGUAUUGGAUGACCUUUGGAAUGAGAAAUAUACUGAUUGGAACUACCUCCAAACUCCUUUUACUUCAGGGGCAAGGGGAAGUAAAGUCCUCGUAACAACACGGAACAAAAAUAUAGCAUCUUUCAUGCAAAAUGUUCCUAUUCACACCUUGAAACCAUUGUUGCAUGAAGACUGUUGGUCAUUACUUGCAAAACAUGCGUUUGGAAAUGUAAGUUGUAGUGCAUAUCCAAGCUUGGAAGAAAUCGGAAAGAAAAUUGCAAGAAAGUGCAAUGGGUUGCCUUUAGCUGCACAAACACUUGGCGGUCUGUUACGUUCCAGGCUAGACUCUGAGGUAUGGAACAGAGUACUAAACAACAACAUUUGGGAGUUACCUUCCGAGAAAAAAGGUUUAAUUCCCCAAGCGGAGAAUGGGGACAACAUAGAAGAAGUGGCUAAGGAAUAUUUUGAUGAACUGUUAUCUCGAUCAUUGUUUCAAACGUCGGGGAAAUCAAGUUUCGUUAUGCAUGAUCUCAUCAAUGACUUGGCUGUGUUCAUGUCUAAAGGAUUUUGUUCAAGGUUGGAAGGUGGUGGGGAAUCACAUGAAGUAGAAAGAGUUCGCCAUUUAUCAUAUGCUAGGGAAGAUUUUGAUGGUGCUUCGAAAUUUGAGCCAUUUAAGGGGGCUAAGUGUUUACGGACCUUCCUACCUACCUCUUUUAAUACUUAUCAAGGGCAUUAUCUAAGUAAAAAGGUUGUACAAGAUUUAUUAUCGUCACACAAAUGUUUACGGGUGUUAUCAUUGUCACAUUAUAUGAAUGUCACUCAGCUACCUGAUUCUAUUAAAAAUCUUAUUCACUUGCGCUAUUUGGAUCUCUCUGAUACUGCAAUUGAAAGGUUACCUGGUGUACUUUGCAGUUUGUACAAUUUGCAAACGUUACUAUUGUCAAAUUGUUACUCUCUUGUUGAAUUACCUGCAGACUUGAGAAAAUUGAUAAAUUUACAGAAAUUAAUGCUGGGAGGUUGUGCGUCUCUUGCUAAAUUGCCUGUAGACCUGUGGGAAUUAAGUAGUUUGCAUCAUCUUGAUGUGAGUGGAACUAAAAUUGCAGAGAUGCCAGCACAAAUGAGUAGACUAAAAAGUUUGAGAACGUUGACUGCUUUUGUUGUGGGGAAAUCUACUGGGUCGACCAUUGGGGAAUUGGGGGAGCUUCCACAUCUUCGAGGAAAACUUUCAAUUCUAAAACUGCAAAAUGUAGUUGAUGCUAAGGAUGCCGUGCAAGCCAAUUUGAAGAAUAAGAAGGAUCUGAAGGAGUUAGAGUUGGCAUGGGGCGAUGAAGACUCGAAUGAUUCCGAAAAAGUGAGAGAUGUACUUGACAAGCUCCAGCCUUCAAUUAGUUUGGAGAAACUGACCAUCGAAUUUUACGGUGGAACCAACUUCCCUAAUUGGUUAGGAAACUCAUGCUUCUCAAACAUACAAGUCAUGCGUCUCAGCAAUUGUAAAUAUUGUUGGUCGCUGCCACCAGUUGGGGGGCUACCUGCUCUCAAAGAGCUCUAUAUAAAAAGGAUGGAAUUUGUUAAGACAAUUGGUGUUGAGUUCUAUGGCAGAAAUGGAGCGUAUCUAAUUCAGCCAUUUCAAUCACUGGAGAAGCUGGAGUUUUACGAGAUGGCAGAGUGGGAGGAAUGGGUACCAAGUGGAAGUGGAGGUCCAGACUUUCCUUGUCUCCAGGUGCUUACUCUAGUAAAGUGUCCGAAGUUGAGAGGAAGCUUGCCUUGUGAUCUGCCUUGCUUGAAGAAGCUUAGCGUGAAUGGGUGUGGGGUUUUGCAUGAUCAAAGGGCCACUGCUACUACUAGUAGUAGUACUAGUCUCACCUACAAUUCUCUUGAAGAAUUGAAAAUAGAAGAUGGAUGCCAAACAGGUCUGUUAUCAUUACUAGAGACAAAGCUCCUGUCCUACCUUCAGAUUGGACGUUUUAAUGACAUACAGUGCUUGCCCAACAUCAAUCGUCUUCAAAGAUUGACUCUCCGGAAUUGUCCAACGCUGUCGUCGUUCCCUGAAGAUGGCCUACCCACUUCGUUGACAUCACUUACAAUAGUCAAUUGUGGGAUAUUAGAAUUCCUACCUCAAGAGAUGUUGGCCAAAUUAACAUCACUCGACUAUUUGUCCAUACAUAAUAGCUGUGAUUCAAUGAGGUCCUUCCCCUUGGGCAUUUUUCCCAAAUUGGGGACACUUAAAAUUGAUGGUUGUGACAAUCUGGAAUCGCUUUGCUUGAUUGAAGAAGGAGCGGUUCUCAGUCAUCUAAAUAGAAUGCAUGUCUUUAAUUGUCCAAAUCUGGUGUGUUUUCCCCAGGGAGGAUUGCCCACUCCCAACCUGACUGAAUUGUAUUUCUCUGGAUGCGAGAAGUUGAAGUCAUUACCUGAACGCAUUCACACCCUCACAGCCCUUGGAAAUUUGAAUAUAAGCGAUCUUCCAAAUCUGGAGUCAAUUGCAGAAGAUGGGGGUUUGCCUCCCAACCUCCGAUAUUUUAGCAUUGAGAAUUGUGAGAGACUGAGGGCUGCAUCUUCAUCAGUGGGAGACUACUGUAACUGGGGUUUGCAAGCACUUGUCUCCCUUGAACGUUUUGCAAUUCGUGGCAUGGGAAGUGAUGAAAUCUUGGAGACGUUGCUCAAGCAACAGCUGCUCCCUACCACUCUUCGCACUCUCUGGAUCGAGGAACUUUCAACUCUGAAAUCUUUGGAUGGAAAGGGACUUGCACACCUUACUUUUCUUCGAAGUCUAGAAAUUAGUAGGUGUGACAAUCUCCAAUUCCUGCCAGGAGAGACACUUCAACACCUCACUUCUCUUCAAGGGCUAUAUAUUUAUGACUGUCCGAGUCUCCAAUUCCUGCCAGAAGAGGGUCUGCCGCCAUCUCUUUCUUAUCUGAGCAUCUCCAAUUGUUCUGCCCUGGAGAAAAGGACAGCACCUUCUCUUGAAAAGCUUUUCAUUUGCAAGGUUUCUGAACGUGUCAUUUCCGGGCCAUUGUUUAUAGACUUUUGUUUUUCUACAAAAAACUAUUGUCACAACGAGGGGAGACGGAAAGGUUCACCUGGAAACAUUCCUACAGACAGGCAUCAAAUGUCCCACACUUUUAGAGUUGGGGGAUACAAGAAUUUGAAGUCAUUACCGCAACGUAUUCACAUCCUCACUGCCCUUCAAAGUUUGCGGAUACUUGGUCUUCCAAAUCUUGUGUCAUUUGCAGAAAAGAGACUGAGGCCUUCAGUGGGGUUUGUCUCCCUUCAAAAAUUUACAAUUGGUGGCAGGGAAAGUGGCGAUAUCUUGGAGGCGUUGAGGAACAGCAUCUGGGAACUUUCAAGUCUGAAUUCUUUGGAUGAAAAGGGACUCGGACACCUCACUUCUCUUCAAGUGCUGAAUAUUCUCCAGUGUGACAGUUUGGAAUUCCUGCAAGGAGAGGGACUCGGACACCACACUUCUCUUCAAGUGCUGCAUAUUCUCCAGUGUAGCAGUUUGGAAUGCCUGCAAGGAGAUGGACUUCGACACCUCACUUCUCUUCAACAGAUACAUAUUUAUGGCUGUCUGAGUCUCCAAUUCCUGCCAGAAGACUCUUUCUUUUCUGAGAUAUCUCCAUUUGUUUGCCUUGGAGUAAAGUCAUUGUCCAAACGCAUUCACACCCUCGCAGCCCUUCAACAUUUGUCAAUAUGCGAUCUUCCAAAUCUGGAGUCAUUUGCAGAAGAUGGGGGUUUGCCUCCCGACCUCCUAUAUUUUACCAUUGAAAAUUGCAACAGACUGAGGGCUUCAGUGGGAGAGCACUGGGAUUUGCAAGGACUUGUCUCUCUUGAAGAAUUUACAAUUGGUGGCAGGGGAAGUGAUGAUAUCUUGGAGAUGUUGCUCAAGCAACAGUUGCUCCCUUCCACUCUUUACAUUCUCCACAUCAAUAGACUAUCAAGUCUGAAAUCUUUGGACAGAAAGGGACUUAAAAACAUCACUUCUCUUUCUUUUCUGAGUAUCUCCAAGUGUUUUUCCCGGGAGAAAAGGGUGAGGGGAUGUGGAUCACUUGUGGGAGAGGGUUCAUUUCUUCGUCACCUCAUUGGACUCUACUUGAGAAACUUUCCCAUGUUUGGAGGUCAAAGCAACUUGUGUAGGCAACCAUGCAUGAUUUCAGAGUCGAAGCUGCUUCACAGGCCUUUCUGUGCUCACUUCUUUCAAGUUGAGACUGGAGCUGAACAAGGAUUAGGUCAGCUGUAUAUUUCAUGGAUUGAAGGCUCUGCAGACUGCACAGAGAAGUAUCUUGCUGAGCUGAGGGGAAGUGACGAUAUCUUGGAGACAUUGCUCAAGGAACAGCUGCUCCCUUCCACUCUUCACACUCUUCGCAUCUGGGGACUUUCAAGUCUGAAAUCUUUGGAUGGAAAGGGACUUGGACACCUCACUUCUCUUCAAGAGCUAUAUAUUAGUGAGUGUGACAGUAUCCAAUUCACUUCUCUCCAACCGUUAUGGCAUGGAGAAGUGGUAUGA